AUGUCCAAGAUCAGUCGUGAAACUCUGAACGAGGUUGUCGUCGAACUCCUCAAGGGCGCCCAGGAGAAGAAGAGGAACUUCCGUGAGACCGUGGAGCUCCAAAUCGCCCUGAAGAACUACGAUCCCCAGAAGGACAAGCGUUUCAGCGGUACCGUCAGGUGAAUUCUUGAAUCUUUGUGGAAAUUUGCGAUGCAACUGACGGACCCGACCCAAGGUCUUUAAAUUUUGGGGAGGAGGGCCAGUUCGCUGGUCCUCCGACAAAACUUGGACGUAAAGACCUUGGUGAAGGCCGUAAGUUGAAAUUUUUUUUGUGUUUUGUUGAUUUUUAGGUAAAAUAAGAUAGAAUAGAUGCUCAAUGAUGUUUAGCAGCUUAUUGGGAACUUAUCUUUUUAGUUAUCUCUCUUGUCGAAUAGAAACUUUGAGUUUUUGUUUUUUAAUGCAUGGAUAACAUAAAAUUGUUUAUAUUUUUGAAGGUAUAGGUCAGAAUAAGUUCAGGGCGCUAGUAAUAGAAAGAAUAAGUCUUAAUCCUCCCUACAACCUUUAACUUGGCCUAUUUAUAGACUGCGUAACAUCCCUCGUCCCAACAUGAAGGUCUGUAUCCUCGGUGACCAGAAGCACUGCGAUGAAGCCAAGGAAGCCGGUCUCCCAUGCAUGACUGCUGAUGAUUUGAAGAAGUUGAACAAGGACAAGAAACUUGUCAAGAAAUUGGCCAAGUCUUAUGAUGCUUUCCUCGCUUCCGACGCUCUGAUCAAGCAGAUCCCCCGUCUGUUGGGUCCCGGUCUGAACAAGGCCGGUAAGUUCCCUUCCGUCGUCACCCACAACGACUCCCUGACCGCCAAGGCCGACGAAGUCAAGGCCACCGUCAAGUUCCAGAUGAAGAAGGUGCUUUGUUUGGCCGUCGCCAUCGGCCACGUUGAGAUGACCCAAGAAGAGCUGGUCGGAAACAUUUCCCUUGGAGUCAACUUCUUGGUCUCCCUGUUGAAGAAGAACUGGCAAAACGUCCGCGCUCUCCAUCUCAAGACCACCAUGGGCAAGCCUCAACGUCUCUAUUAA